AGCAGCUCUUCCCUUUUAUUCUAACUCCAUAUGGCAGCGGAGGAAAAUGGGAUGUUUGGUAGUGAACAAAGAGUGAUCUCUCUCUCUCUCCCCUCCGCUCUCUCUCUCUCUGGUUCUAUUUGGUGAAGGUUUAGCUGGCCUUCGAGUUCUUCCAGGCUCUCUUUCUCUCUCUCUGGUUCUAUUUGGUGAAGGUUUAGCUGGCCUUCGAGUUCUUCCAGGCUCUCUCUCUCUCUCUCUCUCUCUCUGUCUUUCUGUCUCUCUCCCUCUGCAAGCUUGUCAAAUUUGUUGGUUCUUUGUGUUCAAAUCUGUUUCGAGCGGCUUUGGCACUUUGGGGGAUCUUGGGGGAUCUUGAAUUGAAGAAAUUUCGAUGAUGGCUUUGGCAUCUGGGGAUAAUGAAGACUCUAGUAGGGGGAAUAUGUGGGCUUUGGAUCAGAAGCUGGACCAGCCAAUGGAUGAAGAGGCUGGGAGGCUCAAAAACAUGUAUAAGGAGAAGGCUUUUUCAUCCUUCUUAGUGCUACGCCUUGCAUUUCAAAGUCUUGGAGUGGUCUACGGUGAUUUGGGGACAUCACCUUUAUAUGUUUUCUACAGUACAUUUGCACGAGGCAUAAGGGAUCCCGAGGAUGUGAUUGGAGCACUUUCAUUAAUCAUAUAUUCUUUAACUCUCAUUCCGCUUGUCAAAUAUGUAUUCAUAGUACUUAGAGCGAACGAUAAUGGACAGGGUGGGACAUUUGCACUUUAUUCCCUUAUUUGUCGUCAUGCCAGGAUAAUAACUAUUCCAAAUCAGCAUCGAACUGAUGAAGAUCUAACUACAUAUAGUCGCCACAGGAUAGAAGAAAAGUCAUUUGCUGCAAAGACCAAAAGAUGGAUGGAGGCGAGUGUACAUCGAAAAAAUGCCCUUCUUAUUCUCGUCCUUGUUGGCACAUGCAUGGUUAUAGGAGAUGGAAUACUGACUCCAGCUAUAUCAGUUCUUUCAGCCACUGGAGGAAUUAAAGUGGACCAUCCCAAGAUGAGCAAUGAUGUUGUGGUGAUCGUCUCUGUAAUUAUACUGGUCGGCUUGUUUAGCAUGCAACAUUAUGGCACUGAUCGUGUUGGAUGGCUGUUCGCUCCUAUUGUGCUCAUUUGGUUUAUUUCUAUUGGGAGCAUUGGGGCAUUCAAUAUAUGGAAAUACGAUAAGAAGGUACUGAAAGCUUUCAAUCCAGUUUACAUCUAUCGCUAUUUCAAACAUGGUAAGAAAGAAAGCUGGGUCUCUCUUGGAGGAAUUAUGCUUAGUAUUACAGGUACUGAAGCACUUUAUGCUGAUAUGUCUCAUUUUUCUGUGGUAGCUAUUCAGAUUGCAUUUACUGUGAUUGUGUUCCCGUGCCUACUUCUGGCAUAUACAGGACAGGCAGCAUACAUUUUUGAAAAUCAGGAUCAUGUGGCGGAUGCCUUUUAUAGGUCCAUUCCAGAGUCCAUAUAUUGGCCGAUGUUUCUAGUUGCGACUGCUGCAGCUGUUGUUGCUAGUCAGGCCACCAUUUCUGCCACAUUUUCAAUAAUCAAGCAAGCUCUUGCACUUGGAUGCUUCCCAAGGGUCAAGGUCGUGCACACUUCCAAAAAGUUUCUGAGACAGAUAUAUAUACCAGACGUGAAUUGGAUUCUUAUGGUUCUUUGCAUCAUUGUCACUGCUGGUUUCAGGAAUACAAGUCAGAUUGGAAAUGCAUAUGGCACUGCAGUUGUGAUGGUUAUGCUUGUUACAACAUUUCUUAUGAUCCUGAUAAUGUUGCUCGUAUGGAAAACACAUUGGGCUCUGGUUUUGAUGUUCACAGUGCUUUCCCUAGCUGUUGAACUUACUUACUUUUCGGCCAUGUUAUUCAAAGUAGAUCAAGGUGGUUGGGUUCCUCUUGUGAUUUCUGCAGCGUUUCUUUUGAUUAUGUAUGUUUGGCAUUAUGGAACCAUUAGGAGGUAUGAAUUUGAGAUGCAGAGCAGGGUUUCGAUAGCAUGGAUUUUGGGUCUCGGUCCUAGUCUUGGACUAGUUCGUGUUCCUGGAAUAGGUUUUGUCUAUACAGAGCUCGCAAGUGGAGUACCUCAUAUUUUUUCCCACCUAAUAACCAAUCUUCCAGCAAUUCAUUCUGUUGUGGUCUUCGUAUGUAUCAAGUACCUACCUGUCUAUACGGUUCCAGAGGAAGAAAGAUUUCUUGUAAAAAGAAUUGGCCCAAAAAAUUUUCAUAUGUUCCGCUGUGUUGCAAGAUAUGGGUACAAGGAUUUGCAUAAAAAAGAUGAAGACUUUGAGAAGAUGCUUUUGCACAGCAUUUACCUGUUUGUUCGUCUUGAGUCAAUGAUGGAGGGGGUCUCAGAUUCAGAAGAAUACAGCUUGUAUACACAAACUGAAAAGUCUGCAGAAUCUCUGCCCUGUGGAAAUGGUGACACUAUCUCUUCCUUGGUAGAAUUGACAUCGUCUUCAAAUGAUGCAAUCGUGCAAGAAAGGUCUCCACUAGGAACAAGCAUUAUGAUGAGGUCCUCAGGCCAGCUGAGUCAGAGUACAGAAGUAGAUGAAGUUGAAUUUCUCAAUACCUGCAAAGAUGCAGGUGUUGUACAUAUUCUCGGGAAUACCAUGGUGAGGGCAAGAAGAGAUUCAGGAAUUAUUAAGAAGAUAGUUAUUGACUAUCUUUACGCAUUUCUGAGGAGAAUAUGUAGGGAGAACAGUGUUAUUUUCAACGUGCCUCAUGAAAGCCUCUUAAACGUGGGACAAGUAUUCUAUGUAUGAGGGUCAGUACAUGGAUUUUGUCUUUUUGUUUCACACCCUUCAACACAUUUGCUGUGGUACAUGGCACCAAGUGGUGUUGAUAGAGGUGACGGUGGCUUCUUUUGCACACCAGCAAGGUGAAGUUAGGAGAUAUGCGAGGAAUUGCUUCUUCUUUCUUGUUAAGUUGUGCAUUAAGCUCUUUUUUUGUGCAUUUUGCUCUCCUUGGGUAUGUGUCCGUUUUUUCCUCUGUACACAGAGUCGGUCAAAGUUUUUCUUAGUUCAAGAUAUACCUUACUGAGAGAUCCACAACGAUGUGGUAGCGGCAACUGGGCUGUUCUAAGAUGGCCAUGCUAAUAGAGGAGCGAUAGCAGAUUGCAUGAUCCAUUUCCCUUGUGGAUUCGAGCCUCUCCCAAAUGUUUGAAUCCAAUCAGCAUCCAUUGGGACCAAAUUUGCGUUUGUUGCAGCUUCCUCUUGCGUCCUUACCUUGUAAAUUUGACCUGUUUUAUGUUGUAGGGGACUCCAGUUGCUUCCAUGAAACAGAGGGGAAACACUUUGUAAUUAUGUGGAAGAAAAAUCGACAAGGUGUUGUAUGAGACAUGAUAUUGGGAUUUAGGAUUGAAAAGCUUGUCAUUCUUUGCAUAUUUUGUGAAUAAGCGUUGCAGGGAUUUGCCGCCCUGAUCUUAGAUUUUGAUAUCUUGUAUGUGUUUUGAUUGUCUUCCGGAGUUUCCAUACAUGUUUGACUUUGUUCUCAUAAUAGUAAUCACAUGGCAUUUGA